AUGCCCAAGUUCUACGGCGCCGCGCGGUGGGCGCCCAAGCUCAUCCUGCUGCAGAUGCUGUGCAUGCAGUGCUCGCACUACGUGGCUCAGGGCCUGAUGCUGGGCAUCUGCCACGGCGCCCACGUGACGCUGGACCAGUUCUUCGCCUACCACACGCAGACGAUCGUGACGGUUCAAGGGCUCAAGAACUGCUUCGCUGUUGUGGCGGCGAGCUUCGUCAGUGCCGUGUGCCUCGCGCUCUUCGUGGAGCGCGCCAAGAAGUGCCUGGACUUUGGCGUGACGCUCUACUUCAUUGACUUCCUGGUGCAAUGCUUCUAUUCGGAGUUCCCCAAGAUGUGGGACUGGUGGCUGGUUCACCUCGUGGCGGCGAGUAUCACGAUCGUGCUGGGCGAGUAUCUGUGCUCACGGCGUGAGUUGGAGGAGAUCCCCAUGGUCGACCUCUUCACGACGAAGCGUUCGUCCCGUAAGAACUAG